CUUUACGAGUACGUAAAUUCUGCGUUUAGGAGGAAAUAUUAUAUACACCAUGGCUGAAAAUCGUCUUCCUCGAGGAGAUGACUUAGCUCAACAAGAAAAUAAUGGCUUUGGACCACUUUUCAAGUGUCGUGGGAAAACUGCUACUGUCACUUCAGCUAUUAUGGUUGUGAUAAGUGGCGCGACGCUAUUCUUCGCGGUGAAAGAUAAAGAGAAGGAGUUUCAUUUCCUGGUGUUUACAGCUGCCCUGCUUACCCUCAGUUUUGUUUUCGGUGAAUUAUUUCGAAGGUUGUCCCUGUUGUCUGAGGAGUUCAAACACAAACGCACGAGAUAUCAAGGAAAGUUGAAGGGUAUUUUUAAGACCACUUUCACUUUCGAUUAUGGCAAGUGUAUUUUAGUCGCUGCUAUCGCUUCCGCUCUCAUAUUAUGUUAUCAGUUGUAUGAACAAUACGAAGUUUUCUCUCGCCCAGAAUUCGCCAUUUUGUUUUUUCUGAACUGUUUCGUGACUCCGCAGUUGUUGUACCUUGUGGGUCUCCGACAGCUCUCUCCUGUGGAAACAUCAGAUUUAAACGAAAAAGAAAACAAGAAUGUGGCUGAUGGGCUGGCUUGGAGCUACUACUUUGGUUAUCUGAAGCUGGUACUGCCAAAACUGAAAGAUCAGAUUGGCAGAUCGGAGCUUUUUCGUUAUGAAAUAACAAGGAAAAAGCUUUUCAUUUUACUGCCCAAAACGUGCUUCACUUGUGCUGACAUCAAAGACGCAGACCCCAGGGUAAAAUGGGUCGGUAAUCUCCCAGAGCUUAAAAUUAGUAGGGGUGGAAUUAAGGAAAGAAUUUACAAGCAUUCGGUACAUAAGAUAGAAAUGCCCCGCCCUGAUGGAACAGUAGAAGGGUACCACUUUAUCUUGGAGUAUGCCACACCUCUGAUGUCCCUUUAUGAUAUGUCUGAGCAUGCAGACGCCCCCUUAAAUCGUGAGGAGCGGGAUCAUCAGGUGGUGUUAUUCAUCCAAAAAUUGAGGGAAAUUCUGGAUAACUCCGAAGAGUGCAGAGGGACUUAUGAAUUAGUGCCAAUUUCAGGAAAUGAUCCAAAUGAGAUUUCAAAUGUCCUGAUUGGGAUGCAUAAUGCUGCCAACAUUGAGAUGCACAAUCCAGAAGCUAAUGGAGUGCACAGACCAGAACAAGAACAGCUCUAAACAAAAUAAUGCUAAUGUGGUGUAGCAAGAAACUCAGUCUGUAAUGUUGUACACAUAAGUUCCUGAUAUUUUACAGGACCUGCAAUAUAGUAAAUGAAAUAUUUCUUUUCUGAUGCAUGUAGGAAUGAGGAGCCUUUGAAGGGGCAAAGAUGUUGAUUACAAAUCUUUAUCUAAAUCUUGUGGCUUAUACUUUUAUUUCACCCAUAAUAGAUACCACUUGAUGUUGGUUAAGGAGACUAACAUUGUUUUUUAGAGAGGGUAGCAAAGGGACAGUCCUCAUCUUGCAGAUUUAUGUUGAUUGUGUUCUGAAAACAUUCAAAGGCACAGCCUUUAAUUUGUGUAAGUGGAGAAGGCUAUAGCCUAAUUUAUUUUGCCCUUCCUUAUAGCCAAGCAGAUUACAUAAUUUGUAGUGAGCCCUUAGUGGGAUAGUAACGUAAACAUGAACAGAGAUUUAUAAAACAGGCUGAAUAGUUUAGUUUUUCUCAAUUUUCAUUUUUCUUUGCUUUGCUCUGUGAAAUACUUAAAUUGAUGAUUGUUGUGCUCUUAUUCUGUAAACAUUUUAAUUAAACCUUUACACCUUUAUAUCAGUAUGCAUAUUCUUCAUACUGUUCUCAAUUACACAUUUCCUUACAAGGAGAAUUUGUGUUUCAAUCACAGCUUUUUAG